UUUUACGCGAAUUCCCUUUUAGUUUUGGAAAAAAAUGUGAUAGUGGAUAUGGAACAGUAUAAAUUCCCAAAGAGGAAUGGUGUCUAUGUAAAGUUUAAAAAUAUUACUUAUAAAUGGAAGUGAAGUUUCUGGUUUACCUAGUGUUGGCUGAAUUGGUAUUUUUCAUUAAUGGGCAUGUGGUGACAAAUGUUGAAAAAGAUGAAGGUAGCAAAGGAAAAAAUGAUAUUAGAGAAGAAAUCGAGAAACCUCUCGACUUCCUUACCAACCUCCCAAAGGGCGAAAUCAAAGAUUACUUCUUACCAGCUGUAUUUCCCAAUCACGAGGAAAUGGAAGAGGACGAGGAAGAAGAUGAAGCAGAACAGACCUAUUUAGACUAUGAAGAUAGUAAUUAUAAGGACCCAACCGAGACCACAAUUAAAAACGAUGAUUCUCACAUUGAUGAUAAGAUCCCACUACAUCCAGUUAAUGAUAAUCUACCAGUAUUCUUGCUUGAACCUGAAAAUACGUAUGUUGUUAAAAAUAAGCCAGCUAUUCUAAAAUGCAGCGCUGCAAAUGCUUUAGAUGUAUAUUUUAACUGUAAUGGAGUAAAAACUCCAUCAACGAAUUUCGAGUUUGUGGACCCUCAAACUGGAGUCAGAAUUAUUGAAGGUGAAUAUAAAGUGACAAGAGAUAAAGUCGAUGAAUAUUUUGGAAGUGAGAAAUUCCAAUGCUCUUGCUUUGCCUGGACUAGCAGAGGUCAUGUGUGGAGUCAGCCUGCGACGAUUGAACUUGCUUAUAUAAAGAAGCAUUUCAUAUUAGCACCCCAAUCUCAGCUGGUGAAAUUGAAUAGUGGUGUGGCAUUCCGUUGUGAGCCACCCCAAGCGGCGCCAUUUCCACAAACGUACUGGCUGAAAAAUGGCGGACCCGUCGUAGCUGAUGAAAAUGUUCAAAUAACUAAAGAAGGCAAUUUGCUUAUUAAACAAGCCACUUUAUUGGAUAUGGCCAACUACACCUGCGUCGCUGAGAACGUAGCGGGGAAAAGGAUGUCUGAGCCCGCCCUAUUAACGGUCUUUGUGAAUGGAGGCUGGACGGCAUGGUCUACAUGGAGUGACUGCUUCUGUGCUGGACAGCCUCGUGAGGGUCGUGGCAGGAGACGAGUGAGGACCUGCACGUCCCCAAGACCUAUGAAUGGCGGUCAGGCAUGCGUAGGACCUAGUAUUCAGAAAACGCAGGAUUGUUUUGACUGUGAUUUAGAUGUUUAUGUAGACACUUUGGAUGAGCUGGCUGAUGAAUCUUCGGAUAUUAUUAUUGGUCGCUGGUCAAAAUGGUCGGAGUGGUCUCUUUGCGACUCGGAUUGUCUACAAACGCGUCGUAGGCGCUGCGUUACAAGCACGGCCUGCCUCGGAAAGGAUUAUCAAGUCGCACAAUGUUCACUCUGUAUUCGAACUUCGAAAUCUGAUCUGCUACAUGACGGUUCAUCAUAUUGGCCAUUAUUCAUAAUAGUAUCAAUAGCAUUCCUAAUAUUCAUUAUAGUCGCUGUGUUAGUUAUAAAAUAUAUGAAAAUAAAAAUGACUGAAAACUCACCCUACGUAAAACCACCGCCAGGGUCUAAUUAUUUUGGUAGCGUGAUAAAGCGAACACUUACAAACCAGCCAGACUUGAUCCACGAGGAAUUUCAGACAGUAGCAUUAACAAGACAAACGCACAGACCACCAAAUGCCAGUAUCCGGCACGAACAUUUGUAUGAGGUGCCUCAAUUGGCUAACAGCUAUAUGUCACCAAUAGACCAUGAGGUAAGCAAAGAGCGAAAGCCGAACGAAAAGAUUCUCGCUUGCAAAGACCCCGUUGAGUCUGAGCGGUCUGACUCCAGCUGCUUUUUGAGUUCUGGCUCAUCAUAUGGCAAUGAAAGUGUAGAAAUGUCGCCAUCAUUAAAAAACCAUGCCUCCAUCGAUUCUAAAGUCAAUAAUUUUUUGGAAACUACAACGUCAAAGAUUGUUUUGGGUGAUGGCGAAUGGUUGAAUUUGAAUAAGUGUGGAGUUAGUUUAUUUAUACCCGAUGGGGUUGUGGAGAAAGGGGAGGAACUCUUCUCCCUUGACGUCACUGAUGAAGAAUGGAAUAGGCCGAUAUUACAAGAAGGUGAAACUCAACUCAGCCCCGUCAUCAGAUGCGGCCCCAAAAACUUCCACUUCUCUAAAGCGGUCGUCCUCACUUUCCCGCACUGUGCAGCUUUAAAAAGCUCAAGCUGGAUGCUUUCAAUACUGCAAAAGCCCGAGGAAAUCAACUCAAGAGAAUGGAGAAAAGUUCUAACACUCGGACAAGAAACUCCGGGUACACCAAUAUUCGCUCAAGUCGACCCAACUAAAGUUUAUUUAGUGUGUGAAUUUCUCAGUGACUUCGUUCUUAUAGGCCGAAGUUUCAAUGGCCUAGAUGCGAAACUGUUGAAGCUAGGCAUAUUUGUUAACAAAACCAGCGAAGACCAUUAUUGCUUAAAUGUCAGAGUGUGCAAUGACACACCGUACGCGUUUUACGAGUGUUUUGAAAACGAAAGGCGCGCAGGUGGUUACUUGAUGUGCGAGCCGAAAACCUUGUAUUUCCAAGAGAAUUGCUCCGAUCUCUGCUUCAACGUUCGAGAUGUAGGAACGGGGUGGAAAAUACAACCGGAAGCCAAGUACCAGGAGCUUUCGUACUUACACGUUUGGAAUAUGAGCGUUAGGUCUUUGUACUGUGUUUUCGGGUUGACCCAAAUCGACGAGAUCAAUUGCCUGGAACUGAACAUAACGGUGUAUCAGAAACAGAAACAAUCGAAUUCCGUCAAUUUCAAUUUGAAAACGAAUGAUUUUAAUUCGAAUCUCAAUUGUAAUAAACGAUUUAGCUACUCGGGCACGGAGAUGGGAUAUACAGUUAAUAUUCUCGAGAAUCCAUUCAAUUAUUCGUCAUUAUCGAAAAAGGAGGACAAGUAUGAUUUUAUUUACAGGAACGGAAACAGGAAUUACACGAUGGACAAUAAUUAUUAUAGGAUUAACGUGUUGACGAAGUCCGAUAGGGUGAUAUUGUGUAAAUUGUUGGAUAGCCAGUCGUCGAAAGGGAACGAUUGGAGAUUGCUGGCUGAGAAAUUGAAAUUGACGUCGUAUUAUUACUAUUUCUCUAACACGUGCUCUCCCACAGAGAAUAUAUUGAAUCUGUGGAUAUGUAGGAACAACGAUGCGAAUAUGUUGGUUAAUUUGUCGAGGAUUUUUAGAGAGAUGUCGAGGGUGGAUUGUGCGACGGUUGUUGAACGACGAUGCUUUCCUAAUUAGACUGAUCUUAAAUUUUAUAAUUGAUGGAUAAUUCAAUUUAUCGCCCUUAUUCAUAAAAAUACCUUUAUGACGGCGUAAACACAAAUUAUCAGAAUAACGUUAAAGACGCUUUAAUAAUGCAAUUAUAAUUAUUUCAUUAUGAAUAAGGCGGUAAGUUUGUUGUAAAUAUGUUUCUGAACUUUUAAACUGUAUGAUAAAAAAACACGUUAUUUCGUUCAGGCAUAUUACAGUAAGUAAAAAUACCCGAUCAACAUAAAAACGGUGAUAUUUUAUUUAGAUCUGUUUAACAUUUCGUACCUCUCAUUAUAUGAUUUUAUCUUAUGUAACAAAUGAACACGAUAGUUUAAACUUAGAUUGAUUUCACGAGUGAUAAGUUUUUAACGCACAAUCGUUUCAAAUGUAGUGAUUUUUUGUAACAACAAGUCAUUGAUGGAAUUGAUGAACUAUGGCGAGUCAUUCUUUAAGUUCAAUGGGAUUUAUGGUUAAAUGACGUCAUUAUGUGCUCUUUAUGUCAAUUGUCAACUAUUCUUGAUAAUUGAAAUCGCUUUUUUUAUGCCGCGGUUAGAUUGAUGUGUCACCACUAUGACCCACAAUUUUACAGGUAUUACGUAUUAUUACGCAGUACGCCAGGUAUGGCUAUUUCUUAUUCAUCAAUUCCAGGGUCAAAGUUAUAAUAAAACGUUAUAGAUAUUAUAAUAAUUGAAGCACACAUGUAAUGUUGAAAAUAAAUGUCAAUUGUCAUUAUGAUUCAAAGCAAUUGUCCUAUCUUUGACAAUUGACUAGUUUCGUCAACGUCAACGUCAAAAUGACAUUUUCAGAAACUGAUUUAUCGGAUAAAAAACUUUACGCUAAACAUUAAUUUCUAUUAACAACAUAGAACGCGUUUAUAACUAAGCAAUUAUUAGAUAUUCGCUAUUUAUAUUACAUCCGAUGAAUCGGUUUACAAAUAUCACGUAAUGUUUUGUAAAAUAUGUAGGCCAAACAAAAGAGUAUGUUUUAAACAUAAUAGCUAUGUAAAGAGUACCAAUAGAAUGGUAUA